AUGGGUUCCAAAUUGUGCACUAUUCUGAUGAUGUUGAUGGUUCAUUUUCUGGUAUUACCAAUAUCAGAAGCAACUUCUGUUUUCAAUUUGGAUGCCGCUAUACGAAGGUUUUCUAAAGUUAUCACAUUUGAAACUGUGUCCACGGACCCUGGAGUGUCAAACGUUACCGAACUAAAUAAAUUUAAAAAUUAUCUGGAAAAGGCUUAUCCUCUGAUUCAUUCUACGCCCUGGAUUCAGAGACAGAUCGUGGGUGGCCUGAGUAUAGUAUACACGAUAAAGUCGCUGCACGAAGAGAAAAAUGAUUCUUCAAAGAAACCAUGGAUAUUGCAAGCUCACCAAGAUGUGGCUCCCGUCUCAGAUCUUCACAAAUGGGAUGCCCCUCCGUUUAGCGGGCAAAUUCUAUACAAGCCCCAAACCUUACACAGGAUACUAUACGACCCAAAGACCAACAAGGGCAGCAAGAAAUUUUUUGUAGAUGAUCCGAGGAAUAAGAAUUACUAUAUAUACGGAAGGGGUACUUCCGACGCCAAGCACAUCGUAAUGUCCAUCAUGGAGUCUGUCGAAUAUAUGAUAGGACGGGGACAGAGGCCCAUCCGCAAAACGUUGAUCCUAUGUUUUGGACAUGACGAGAAAGUCGGAGGAUUGUAUGGCGGGAAAAAUGUCGCGCGCAUGUUAGAGAAUACGUACGCGCGUUCAGCCGACGGAGGAAAACCUAUAGACUUUUUGCUCAACGAAGGAUUCAGCAUUGUUAAAGAUAUUCUUCCUCAAAAUAUGAAAAUAGCUCCGUGAGUGGAAUAUUAAAUAUAAAAUUUUAAUUACGAAAUCCUGAAAUUCAU